CGACCGGAAAACGGUGAUCGAAAUGUGCAAAGCUUCGUCAAAAUUGAUGUAUCGAAAAUAAAUCAAAUAAAUACAACCGAGACACCCAACGUGACCGUUUCGACACCGGAGGCAACCACCACCACCGUAGAGACAACGGCAGCGGCUACCAUCAGUUCCAGUACCCUGACUUCAGGAACUAAGGCUACCGAAAGUACUACGAGCAGUCCUUCUACACCGAGUGCCGCCACCACGACGACGGCAGCAACGGAGACGGUGCAACCGAUCGAUUUAUAUCCCCAAGUUCCGCUGCAAGGCCGGGCAGCAAAGUUGAUCCCUUCCGGAUACUACUGUCGGUGUGAUUUGAAGAUCAACGUUUGCGAUGUAAAUUGCUGCUGCGACAUCGAUUGCAGUGAGGCCAUCCUCAAGGUAUUCAACUGCGACCAGGAACAACUGCACACAGAAGAGUAUCAUCACGACGAAGGACUGCAAUCCUGCCGGGUUCAGGGUGGGCUGCUGUGCCUUGUCGAGCCUAUCCACGAGGAAGGCGAUGAACGGCACUACGACCCAAACCAGAAAGCGGAUGCUACGAAGCACCAGUGGAAGGAUGUGUUUCCGCUUGACCUCACCGUGCCGCCGGAAGAGGCAAGAUUGGAUCACUAUCGUGUCGAUGACCUGAUUCACUUCUACAACGAGACCAGUGAGACCGUGGAAACAUUUGCGCUUCCGUAUUCACUCACCAACGGUGCUUGUCAGAUCGAUCAGCCGGUGCAGUUUCUGCGCGAUCGUUCCAAUCGCUGCCGUCGACGGGCGGACGACCUAACCACUCUCAACAGUCAGUUUCUGCAUCAACUGUCCACCACCGGUCGGUUCUUCCGUUCCCCCAAAAAAUCCGCCGCCACCGAGCAUCCUUGCAUGGCGGAUGAUUGCCUCAAUGUCACGUACACCGUGUGCUACACGGCGAUUGAGGAGGGCGACUGGAAUUGCACGCAGAAUUCAACCUCGACUGCGGCAGGAUUGGUGGAGCUUUCGGAUGAGGAUUACGACACGUCCUGCCCCACGAUCGUGCUAAAGUUCAAUCACAACUUCACGAAUCUCCUCAAGAUCGAAGCGAAACUACUCUGCCAGCGAAUGGACACAGGCACCGGUGACGAUUCGGAGUACGCGUGGCAACGAAUCACCGUGAAGUUUGUAGCACCCGUUAGCCCAAAGCAUAACGUAACCUACCACACGAGCGGCAAUCUUGGCUACCUUCAGGGCAAACCUUUGCUCGUAACGCCUCUGGAAGUGCCCCCGAAUAGUACCACAACACACAAUGGUGGAACCCCCGAAACAGGCCCCCCAAAAACGAUGUUGACUUACUUCACGAACGGAACCCGUCGGCCCGAUGAAUCUUUCCGCCUCCGGUUACCCGCUAGCAGACGCAACCGAUGCCACCUGUCCAGCGACGAAACGAUCAACUUUGGUGUCGAUUCCUGGCACCGCUGCAACUUCAUACCGUCCGAGGGGCUCACCAACACGACGACGGGCGGCCGCAAUUACACUCGGUUCUGUGGCAAACUGCAGGAAAGUAUCUACUCUCAUCUUCUGCACGGCGUGCGAUCGGAUGGUGAGGGUCGCCUCUACGAAAACCUCAAUCUGUACGUCUCGAAGUACGGCAAUCCGGUUAAUCGGACCUCCGAGUGGGUUCGUGUCCGCACGGUGAACGUGAGAAGCGAAGCGCAGACCGUCGCGGAAACAACACAAUCAUCGGAUGAGUUUUUCAGCUGCAGCAACAUGCACAUCAACGUGGACUAUCGGAUCUACUAUGCCGUAGAGCGGGUGCGAAAAGUACGCUUCCAGGCGAUCGUACACGAGGCGGAGAUCGUGUUUGGACCACGCGUAAAUUUACGAUUCCGUCAGGAGGAGGAUAUACGGGUGCCGAUCUUCGUUCAGGUACAGUUCUUCGAUCUUACCUCUUCAUCUUCCGCGUUAAAAUCCGGCAUAAUGGUGGUGGUGGUUGCUGGCUUCUGUUGGAGCGCAGGUUUAUUCUAA